GAACUCAAUGGAUGGGGUCAUAUCAUAGGCCAUACAAGAAUCUGGUUAAAAUAAUUACAGUUCUCCAUUCUUUCAGCCUCAAAAAACAGAAUCUGAAAGGCACGGAUUAUAUAAGCCUGCUGGCUGGCUGCAUGCCCUGCUCAGUGCAGCCCUGCUCGGGUGGCACAGCAGGACAUGUAUUUCACAGGGCACUUUCUCCACUCAUUCUGGAUGUUGUACUUUGCUUUCUGAGGAGAUACCUUGCCAUCAGGUCCUGGAGGGACUAAGAGUUUCCUGCUGGAAAGGACGCAUUCUCUCUUCUUUCCCUCAUCGAGGUUGGCAGUGGCUGAAAGAGGCAGUUCUUGAAGCCCAUCCUCUGCCCCUCACCAGAGCAGGGAGUGUGUCACUCACAGGCAGAAGCCAGGCCGGACAAAAGGCUGUUUGUCCAGCACCUCCGUCAGCCCUCCCUCUGCUCAUCCCCUCCAGCUCUAGCUCUGUGUACACCUAAAAAGAUACAGUUGCCAAGAAAGUGAAAAGGAGUGAAGCAGAAGAAAAAGCACAGGAAACUUUCCAAAAAUGAAGAUGCUCUCAGUUCUGCUUCUUCUGAGCGCCCUCCUGGGUGCCCACGCAGUGCCCUCCCAGCGGCCCUCGUGCUACAAGAGGGUCUUGCAUGACCACAGCUGCCACAGCAUCCCUGAGGGCACGGCGAGCCUGAGGAGAGUUGAUGAGAGCCUGCAGGAUCACUUUUGGGAAGGGAAAGGCUGUGAGACCAUCUGUUACUGCAACUUCAAGGAACUGCUCUGCUGUCCAAAGGAGAUUUUCUUUGGACCGAAGAUAUCUUUUGUGAUCCCCUGUAACAGCGAGUGAUCAACAUCAAGCCUGCCACUGAGGACAACAGACAUCAUUCUACAAUCACAAAAUACACUUUCAAGGGGAAAAACAAAGCCAGCAACAGCCAAAAUAAAAUAAACUUCCUCCCUAAGCACACUGUAGAAAUUCCCUUUAUACUGGAGAAAAAUAUCAUUUCUGUGCUUUGGGGAGUACAUAGGAAGUUCUCCUUUUGGAUACAGUAGCUGCCUUAGUUAGCUCCAUAAUGAUGUGAAAGACUAGCUGCUCAUAAUUGUCCCAAUAUUCAUCUCCUAGAAGAAAAAACCCUUCUAAUAACUACAACACUCUCAACUAAUUUUCAUAAAGGAAGAUUAAGCUUAAGCUAUCACGUGGCUAAGAGUGACUCUUGUUGGAGUCCACUGCAGUGCAGCUUCCUAUUGCUUUAUUGCUGCUUCACAAUAAGCGUUGUUUUAAGCUGAUGCUAGUCAGUAUCUGGCUCUUCAGCACACAGGCUCCCACUUCUAUUUGGGUGCCUUCAAAAAACAAAACCCCCUAAUUUACAUCACUUAUAUUUGAAAAUUCCACUGGAAAAAAAAAGUGAAAAUUCAUAUUAAUAGUACUAAGGUACAUGUAAGUGAUAAUUAGGUCUAACUUGUUAAUUGCAUCCAAAAUCUUGAAGUGGUUAAUACUGAGCUUUUAAAAUACUGUAACAGUAGUGAUAGAAUAUAUAUAUAUCUCUAAACUCAGAAAGACUUAGAAAGAGGAUGGGACAGUAACAUGAAACAUGUAGCACAAAGGUAACUGUGUUUUACCCCUUGAACAAGUGUACUGCUCACCUAGGGACAUUGUUGGUGGGUAUGGUGGGGAUGUGUUGAUGGUUGGAAUAGAUAAUCUUAGAGGUCUUUUCCAACCUUAAUGAGUCUAUAAUAAUAAGCUUACAACACUACACUGUGAAAACUGCUACCACCAGCACACCAAACUUGUUUCACAUGUAAUACGAAAUACCACGAAGACUGUUUUAACUUCAUCUGUUAGUAAAUAAGACUUGGAUAUGCAUAGCGGUAGGUUAAUUAUACAUAACUAAUAAUAAGAGUUUCAAGCAAAUCUGUAUUUACUACUUUUGCCAAGUAAUUUUUAGGCUAUUGAGUGUUAAACAGUUUCUAUCCUCAGGCUUUUAAAGCCUGGUUCAUACAAUUAUUCCUGAGUCAUUUGGGCUUCCUACGAAAUAAUCAAUUAAGGAGGACGGAAGGAAUCUGGCAACUCACUGUCAAAAUAACUAAAUUCAGUGUUCUGCUAAGAAAGCAUACGGUAUCCACUCCUGUGCAAAGUCCUCUAUAAGCUUCUAGUAGCAGUGAGGACAUGUAGCUUCCAUGGGUCGUGCCAUCUAGUUUCUGUGCCAAUCAGGUAGCAUAUAUCUGCAGUUCAUAGCUUUCCAGAGCAUCAGCAACAAAAAUUAAGGCAGAUGCACAGCUCUGUAGUAAAGUCAGUAGAUGAUUUUCAAUUACUUCCCUUUCACCACUAUUGAUGUGGGAAAAUACAUGAUCUGACGGAAAAAAAGUUUUGCCACUUUCCACGUGCAGCAGGGUAGGGCCACAGACCUACUUCCAAUAGAAGCUUGCUGUUGUUUCUCUCCUUUCCCUCCAGAAGGGAGGUCUAGAGGUCCUGCCAGACCUAUGCAGGAACAUUCAUCCCUGUUCUCCAUCCUGUAAUCAAGAAAAGGCCUCUAUCCUUCAGGUGUUCAAUUCAGCAUCAAGUUCCCUGGCUGUCUCUCCAACUAAAGCUUUGAAGAUAACAAAUGCAACUCCUGCAAAGGAUACUUCAUAAACAACUUUACAGUCAUUGCCACAAAAUGAGUACUGAAACAUAUCUCCAAAGGAAUACCAACUUUAGCCCCCACUAGCCUGAAAUCACUAACCAGCUUGAACUUCGGCCAACACUGCGAAACUCCAAUGUGGAAAGACAUAAAACACUGUAAGUGAAAGAAAUUAGGGUACUUACAGCUCCUGAGAAGGAAGCCAGUUUGAGUUUAGGGUUCAUUAUCAUUCAGUUUUAAGCAACAGAGUGCCACAGGUCAAAAAGAACAAAAUGGAACAUCUUGGCCACAGUGACGUUUUGAAAAAGAACCUCACAAGAUUAACACCAGCAGAUCAGACCACAGAAAUACCACUUUCUCAUUUUUUCCCCAAAUUUAGGAAAGAGCUUUUGAAAAAUCUGCUAAGGUUAGAAGUCGCAAUGAAUGCUAACUGAAACUAAAGCUGUGUCUUCCUCUUCUGAGAUUCUUCUCCUCCUGCCUUUUCUUCAGCCAACACAAAGCUUAAAGCAGAAAGAAAUCAUGUACCAUGCAUUUAGAUUAACACAAAGCUAACAAUGAAAAUGUAAGAAAUCAUACAAAAUGCUGUCUUCAACAUCACAGACUUCACUAAGAUACCAAAUUAAAAUAAUAUUUUGCUCAUGUUA